AUGACCUCGUUUCCAAAUUCAUCAAUAUGUGCAAAUUCGUUUGAUGGAGAAUUGGCCAAGAAAAGCGCACCACGCUUCCACGCGACUGCUUCCGGUGAUAACUUUAAACAAACCCACAGCUAUAGCAAUCGUUAUAUCGAAGCAGGAGGCUCGGUAACUCACUCACCCCUGCAGAGGAAUACAAUCAAGUGGACAUGGAUGCGGAGCAGCGGUGCAGAAUACUCAUCGAAUCUGUUACCGAAGUUCUCGGAAGAGAUGCUGCAUGCAUGCGGUCGAUCAGAGAAAAUAUGGCGCGGUUAUCCCGUUCCAGAUGUCAAUGCAGCGACAGAAAGUGGCCAAGGAGCUAACGGUCGCCAAGUUGGCAUAGCGAAGAUGCUCGACCUCGAACAUGAUGCGAACAUUAGGCGGGAGGUUCAGACGUUCACCAUUGGGCAACUUCUCGACCCACUCAGGAUCAACAUCACCAUCGAAGAUGAUACAGUGUCUCUUACUGCCUUCACCACGAACAUCACCAACAAUUUGCGCAAGAUGAACUGGUCGGGACUAAGAUUAGGCUCCAUCGCUACGAUGAAAGACCAGACUGAUCAAACAUCAGUCCCGAAAUGCGUCAAAGACAAGCACGCUGAGCUUACAAAGAUUAACACAAGGUCCAUGUCAGCAGUAUUGCUCGAGGAACUCGUCGUGUUCCUCCGCAGCUCGUUUGCACACCCUCUAGAAACGAGAACAAUUGCAUCUGACUCUGAGUCCCUCCAGGGACUGCAAGUCUAG